AUGUCCCUUUCACCGUUGAGAUCCGUUCUCAGUAACUUUCGAAAGCCUGCGUUAGCCUCUCAGUCAUGUAUCAGCCAAUGUCAGUCCGUGUUAUCAUCAAUAUCUGGCAGACAGAAUCAAAAUAUUUCAGUUACUUCGCAUGACGAACAUACUCACUCUAGUAAUAACCAAACUUUUAGUUUCAGAGAUUCAAGACUGGCCCAUGUGGCUAAGUCAAAUUCAGAAGUUAUUCGUGCAUUACUAGUUUUCAGAAUAUGCUCCUUUCCAACACUUGUUAAGUAUAACAAAAAGCUUAUGGAUAUUUCCAGGAAAAUAUUUGGAAGGUCGUUGUUUCGGUUAAUAAUGAAGAUGACAUUCUAUGGACAUUUUGUUGCGGGUGAAAAUGAAGCCAGUAUUCAACCAUUAAUUAUGCGUCUAAAGAAGUAUGGAGUAAAGUCAAUACUUGACUAUAGUGUUGAGAAGGACAUACAAGAAGAUGAGGCCGUCCAGAUAGUGGAAAAAAGCCUAAGUGAAGUUUUACAAACCCCCGAAAAACGACCAGAGGCAGCCACUAAACAGUAUCAAAUCAGUGUUCGGUUCGCCAAUCGUACGAAGCAGGUUGUUGGGGCUCGCUCGUACUUUUAUAAGUCUGAAUAUCAGUGUGACCAUAAUAUGGAGACAUUUAUGAAAUGUAUUGAUGUUUCUUCAAAAUACGGUGAAGAUCGUGGUUUUACUGCAAUUAAACUUACAGCACUCGGACGACCCCAACUUUUGCAACAAAUGUCUGACUUUUUAGUGCAAAUGAAACGACUGUUCUUCCUACUUACCAAAGCGGAUAAUGGACAGAAAGGUGGACUUGCAUCGCUUGAUCUAGACAAUUUUCGUAAAAAGCUAGAAGCAUUAGGCGUGAAAAUUGCAUAUGAUGAAGAAGUUAAGUGGUUUACUUUGUUGGAUGUCUCUGGAGAUGGUGUUUUAGAUUUACUUGAUUGGAGUCACUUAAAGGCUUUUGAAUACGACCUUGCAAGUCUGUUUAUUCUAAAAAAUAAAAAGACUGGUGAAGUAGAACAGCUUGUACCUACACUUACAACUGAAGGUAUUGAGGAAAUGCGGAAUAUGAUAAAACGUGUCGAUACUUUAGCAAGCUAUGCAAAAUCUGUUGGAGUUCGAGUUAUGGUGGAUGCAGAGCAAUCAUAUUUUCAACCUGCUAUAAGAAGAUUGAUUAUAGAAAUGAUGCGUCUAUUUAAUAAAGACAAGGCUGUAAUAUUUGGCACUUACCAGUGUUAUCUGAAGGAAGCACUUGAAUCACUUACCCAAGACUUAAAUCAUGCUGCUACAGAAAACUUUUACUUCGGUGCAAAGUUAGUUAGAGGGGCUUAUAUGGAUCAGGAGCGUGCACGUGCCAAAGAGUUAGGGUACGAAGAUCCAAUUUGUUCAGACUUCAACGCUACAACAGCCAUGUAUGAAUCAUGUCUAGAGGAAGUGUUUAAAGCUAUUAAAAAACGCAGAAGCGGUCAAGUUAGUGUUAUGAUAGCUAGUCAUAAUGAAGAUACCGUUCGAUAUGCUUUAAAAAAAAUGCAUGAAUAUAGUGUAGCACGGGAAGAUCGACUUAUUUGUUUUGGUCAAUUGCUUGGGAUGUGUGAUCAGAUUAGUUUCACAUUAAGUCAAGCUGGCUACUCUGUAUACAAAUAUGUUCCAUAUGGUCCUAUUGAAGAAGUUUUACCAUAUCUAUCUAGACGUGCAUUAGAAAAUGGUUCCGUGUUAAAUUGUACACUUAGAGAACGUCAGCUUUUAUGGUCUGAAUUGAAAAGACGUUUGUCGAAUGGGCAAUUCAUUUAUAAACCAUAG